GCCAGACAGAGCUUUCUCAGUGCUUGGACGAAGAUCUCGAUCUCCAGGCACUUGGCCACAUCCAACAUGCGCCCGGCCGACCUGCUGUCGGAGAUGACGCAAUGGGACAAGGACGGCUGCAACUUGACGGUGGAGAUGCUCCGGGCCAGGCUCAGGCAGAUCUAUCAGGCCAUGCCUGUCGGUGGUGCGCCUGUCCGGCACAAGAGGUACGCCGAGCUUGUCCGGGACGCGACGGCCAUGGGGUGCAUGCUCCGCGGCAAGGAGACCCGAGGCGACCUCCAGAUCCGCAUCACGGAGAAGUUCGAGGCCAACCAGGUCAUGGUUAAGCCGACCGAUCUCACGCCGUUCGGGAGGCACCGGGGCAAGACGCUCCAAACCCUGAUCGAGCAGGAACGCGAGUACGCCGGGUGGCUCGUCAGCCUGAACAGCUACCGCUACAAGCGCCUCGCGGACUGGAUGAUCACGCAGGGCAUCAAGGCCGAGGUUAAGGCGGAGAGGGGCGAGAAGUCGGAGGACCCGUGGCUGCUGGUCAAGGAGCAGUCGCCGGAGCGCUCCUUGACGGAGGACACCAGCGAGAUGGACGCGACCUCGAAGUCCAAGGAGGAUGUGAUCAUCGACCUUUUGUGCGACGUGAAGAUGGCAGCGAACGCCUUGACGACCAGGGUGCAGAAG